AUGUCAAAAGUUUUUUUAGAGAAGUCAAAAUAUUUCGUUUGGCAUUUGGCCGAACACAUGCUGGCCGUGGCCUCUGCCAUGGAUGGCAGCGACAGGGGCAGAUGGCACCUGGGUGCUAGCGGGAUCCUAGGUGGAAUGGCGACGACACAGUCCAAGGCGGGCAGGAGUCUGGCUGGAGCAACAGAGGUCCGACAGGGCCUCGAUGGUGUUCGAGAUGGUACUGCGGCGGUGGCGGUCUCCAAGGGAACUUGCUACGACAAGGUACCCCGAAUACAGUCUACUCCACCAAUGUCCGAGGCCCAUGAUGAGUUUCUUCAGGUACCGAUCAUGUCCUCGGAGGGUCCGGUGAUGAUACAGUUCGUGUCCAACCCCAGCAUCGCCGGCAGCAGCGACGCGCUGUCGGCGUCGCUCAGCGCCUGCCCAUCGGGGAGGUCGGCGUCGGAGGUAGAGAUCGAAGUGCUCUUCCAUGACGCCGACGGUUACGUCUACGACGACGAUGGCUGCUGCACGGCGUCAUUGCUCGGCUGCGGCGGCGAGGACUUGGAGUCGGGCGAGGCGACGGCAAGGCUGCUUCGCUCGCCGUCGCCGGGCAUGGAGUUCGUGGAGCGUGACGGCAAGGGGGAGCCCAAGUGGAGCGAGAUGGAGCGGGCGAGGUUUGGCCGCUCGUGCUCGUCGCCUGGGAAGGCUGGUGAGCUCUUUUCACUUCGCCGAUGCAAGUAG